AUGUUCCUUGAUUCGUGUUCUGAUUUUUAUUCAAGUUUCGUCAAUAUAUUCCUGUUAACAGGCGCCGCAAGUCUCUUUGACGAGUUGUCGCUGAAGAGGGUGCUGAGAAUGGCACGAUUCACUAACGACGCCGACUACGAUGCCGGCGGAACGUCUGGAUAUGUACCACAUCCACGGUCCGACACUGGGGAUAAUCAAGCAUACUAUGGACUCUGGACAAGGUGCGCUCCUAUAGGUCUUCCUGCCAAUAUGACCAAUUUGCGAAUACUUGGUCACACAACGACUACCAUAGAAGUAGAAUCCAGUUUCGACCUCGCCCCCCAGCGGGACUUGAACUAUGACGAUGCAAUGUAUCAUCCUUUAUCACCUUAA